CGCUUCUUAUCUCAAGAUCCUGAGCAUACAGUCUCAAACUCCUCUCUCUGAGACCACCUUCGUCCGGCCACUGUCAGCAUGUUCCGUCUUGCUCACGCUCUGCGCGCGAUGAGAGUGCCUGGAGCCCGCUAUGCGUCCACUGCGCCCAGACGGCCAGCUUUUCCAGCAUUCGGGAGGAAGGUCGCUGUCGCAUCGGGCGUCGGUCUGGCGGUCACCUUUGCGUCCACAGCUGUGUAUGCAGACUCUUCGCAAAUGGCACAGUCAUCGAGCGAAGAGGCCAAGCAGGUGUCGUUUGGCACCUUGCUCCGGGCUUACAUCGUGUACACCAUGUGUUCGGUGCCUGCACUGGUCGACAGCGCCCCAAGCUUACUCGAUGCCUUUUCAAAGAUACCCGGCUUGAACUGGAUCGCAGAUGCUGUUGUGAGAGUCACAUUCUUCGAUCAGUUUGUCGGAGGCGACACGGCCGCGUUGGUUCUGCCCCUUCUGCGCCGCCUAAGAAUGGAUAACACCGGGUGUCUGUUUGCGUACUCAGUUGAGGUCAAUGAGGCUGAAGCCAUGGCCGCUCAAACUUCCGCAUCUCGACACAAGAGCCCUUACAAAGCUAUGGUCGAUGAAAUGAUCAACUCGAUCGAUAUCGCCGCAGACUUUGAGGAUGGACUCGGGCUGAAAGGCAUGGGACGCAAGACCUGGGUUGCUAUCAAGAUGACAGCGCUCGUUCCCGACGCCAGUGCGUUUAUUCGGCUGUCGUCCUACAUUCUGGCGACGCGGCCCCCGGCGCAUUCGCCUGAUGUCCCUUUUCCUGGCACUCCCACUGCCGGAGAUCUUAAUGUGCUGGUUUCUGCAAAAGCCGCCCAGACCCAGACCACGCUGAGCCCCGAGGACUUGGUUAUGCUCCGUGAGUUGUAUGCUGACAUGGAGCUGAUCUGCGCCCGUGCCCAGAAGCGGGGAGUGCGCAUAAUUAUCGAUGCCGAAUACUCGUGGUAUCAGCCCGCCUUUGACGCAAUUACUCUGGGUUUGAUGCGCCGCUUCAACAAUCUUUCGUCCUCCAAUUCUACUCAGCCUCUCAUCUAUGGCACAUUCCAAGCAUAUCUCAGAAGGACACCGUCCCACCUCGCCCAUUGUCUUCGCGAUGCCAAGCAAAACGGGUACGCGUUGGGUGUCAAACUCGUCCGAGGCGCAUAUCAUCCUCACGAGGUGACGGCACAUGACGAGGCUGUCUCUGGCUCCGGCCGCUCGCUGUCCAUCUCUCCGGACACUCUCCCCCCAGUGUGGAAUAACAAAGCCGAAACAGACGUUACGUACAACAACUGUGCCGCAAUGUUGUUGGAUGCCGCCCAUGCCGAUGUAAAGAAGGGAAAACGACAAUCGGUCGGUAUCCUGUUCGGGACACACAAUUGGGACAGCUGCCGCAAGAUAAUGGAGGGGAUGCAAGCUCGAGGCCUCGCAACACCGGCCGAAGGCGGCAAGCUAGCUAUCAGUGACUCCGUCGCCGAGCGAGUGACAUUUGGCCAGCUUUACGGAAUGUGUGACGAAUUGACCUCUUUCCUCGCCUCGACGACCGUUUGCAGCACACCCAUGGUCUUGAAAUACAUUCCGUAUGGUGCAUUGGCGGAUGUGAUGCCCUAUCUCAGUCGUCGCGCCAUCGAGAACAAGAGUGUGCUAGGUGACGGGGCAGCUCAACACGAGCGGGAUCGCGCAUGGCGGUUGAUGGUUGCAAAGAUUUUUGGUUAGACACUCAUGCAUGUACUUCGUCAUCAAGGUUCAUACGGGACGGCGCGGUAAUCUACGUACGGUACUUUCUACAUACUCAAGUUAUCCCAGCCUACAAUCUAAUCACCUUUUGAUGCCACCCUUCAAAAAUUUUGACCGAAUGUUUUGAUCUGUCCUCCUUCCACCCACUAUGGUCUAUGGGCAGCGACGCGUGGUGGAGCGGGCCGUCAAGUCCUUAAACGCCAUUUCGGCCUCCCACCUACCCAAAUUCCCUCCCCCUCGAUCAACCCAGUCACCUAAAAUCACCGGGUUUGACCCCACGGAAUGGGCCACACUCCAACCUCCUCCUCCCUCGGCCCUCUCCGCAUUUGCCCACAGAAUUGGUCUCGGCUCCGUGCUUCCAGACCCGGAACUCGUACUCCAGGCAUGCACACAUCCUUCCAUCCAAGCCCUGGCGCGACACCAUGACCCGAAUGCAGCGCCAAUACCGACCAACGCACAACUGAGUGUACUCGGCAAUGCCCUCAUGGGUCUUUUUGCAUCCGAAUAUGUACACGCCGUGUAUCCCUAUUUACCGACGCGAGUAUUGAAAGCAGCAGUCACUGCCCAUGUCGGCCCGACGACGUGUGCGAGCGUGGCACAAGAGAUGGGUGCCGCGCCCCUGCUGAGGUGGUCGCGAGAUAGUCCCUCGUCGUCUUCGGAACCCCCAGUACAACGAAGCGACGCUCUCGCCUCCAUUCCGAGAGCACUCACUGCAUUGGUCUAUACCCACCGGUCUCUCCCCUCCGCCCGCCAUUUUGUUCACACGCACUUUCUUCUGUCGCGUUCUGUGGAUAUUCGCUCGUUCAUCAAAUUCGUCGACCCUAAAAAGGCUCUGAAGGAGAUGGUCGCCAAGUUCGGAAGGGAGCCACCAAAAUCACGACUGCUCAAGGAAACGGGUCGCUUCUCGAAUUCACCAGUUUUCGUGGUUGGGAUAUUUUCCGGAGAGGACCAGAUUGGAGAGGGCUUCGGGGCUUCACUGAGGAUGGCAGAGUAUAGGGCUGCUGAGGACGCCGUGCUCCGAGUUUAUUUGACACGAACUCCGGCCGAGCUGGUACAGCUCCCCACCUCCACAUUCCCCGCCGGGCUCGGUGACGUGUUUCGCGUGGACGCACCCGACGCAGAGUACACCCCGCCUGCGCUUGCUCACGCGGAAGUCAUGUACGCGUCCGGGGGACGGUCAGGAGUCGCUGCGGCAGAAAGAGAAACGAUAUAGCACAAAAUUACAACUAC